GUGUUUGCAGCCUGAAGAACACAUCACCAGACCAUCAAUUUAGCAACGUACACAACAACCUAAGGUAACAAAUGGAUUCGUUUAGAGAACUCAGAGAGCUACGAGGUAACCAGGGCUGAGAAGAAGAAGAAGAAGGGGUAAUAUCAACGGAGCCUAUCGUGAUGAUAGUGCCAUCGGAGUUGCAAGACUUGUCGGAAACAAUGGUGCCUGAGAGCAGCGCCAGUUCGAGCGCUAGGGACAACGGUGACGACCACCAUACUCCAUCGUCUAGCAGCUCGUCUUCUGAGGAUACGCCCAGUCGUGGGGAAGGGACGGGGGAUGUGGCGCCCAAGGACCUGCCCGCUGGAUUUAGGUUCAAGGCUGCGCUUCAUCAUGAAGUAGCAGACUGUGCGCCCUCCAUAAGUGGGUAUAAGAAACUUGAGGAGAUGGUGGGGGCGUACCACAUCCCCAGAACCAUAUUGCUCUGGACAAGCGGGCAGAAUGAAAGGGCGUGCACAGUGUCACAAACGGGUUGGAUACUAGUGUACGUGGACCACUUUGACACCGGCUUACGGUUUCCCCUGCCCGGGCUAGUGUUUGACUUGCUGGCGGACUACGAGCUGGCUUUGACGCAAUUGACGCCCAACAGCAUGAGGUUCAUCAUAGGCUUUAUGCUGUUGUGUGCGAGGUUCGAAGUACCGACGAAGGCAAUUGUGUUCAGAGAGAAGAGCCAGAUGUUCAAGAACGUCAGGAACAAAGUGGCGAGGUGGAAGAGGCAAUUCAUAUUUGUUCGCGACACGCGAACAGAGAGAAUAAGCAAUGUCCUCGCUGCCCUGCUAUCAAAGUGGCGUGUGCCCAAUGCACACGUUAACUACCCUCAGCUGCUCCCACAAGACAUAGAUCUCAAGAAUCGGCUUCUGGAGCACGCAAGGAGCGAAAAUCUGAUAGACCUCGAGGCCUUGGUUAACCCGGAGCUGCUCGCCGUGUUCGGGUUUAUCGACGUGGCAAACCUGUUCAGCGAAGCGUCAGCGAGCCUAGGGCUCACAAGGUUGAGGAACGGGCAGCACCUCGCAGAGACAGACGCGCGGGCUGAGACUGCGGCUCCCAGUGCACGCAGGCGUGCACGUGAGGGGAUAGAAAGUGAGGAUGACGUCCCCCUCAUCCGGCGCAGAACAAGUGGGGGGACUCAGCCCGAGCAGGCAGCUCCAACAACAGCUGCGCUCCCCCCGAACGCGCCAUUGGCUAUAGCGCGAGCAGCAGCAGAGCCUGCAUCUCCUGCCAUGGUGCAAGGCAUGCAGAGCUUUGUGCCGCCUGUUGAUCGUCAGCGGGCAAGGGCUUUUGUGCAGCAGCACGGCGGGCAAGCCGCCAUGGUCAAGCUUAUGGACGCGUUUAGCUACGCUGUAGCGUUGUUUGAUAGCGAGCAGGGGGCUCGCACACAAAACAGCGAGUUUAAUUCCAAAUGCAUACAGCUGGCUGCUGCUGAGAAGGCGAGCCUUGUGGACGACGUCAAUCGCCUGCAGGGCUCUGAGAUAGCCAACCGCGCUGCGUCAGCUGAAAGUCAAGCAGAGGAGCUGGCGAGCAGGAACAGCGAGCUCGCUUAGGAGUUGGAAAGGAUUCGCGCUGAGAAGGAAAGCGGGAUCCAAGCGGCGAAGGAUGAGGCCACUUGGGUUGCGGAGCGUGCAAGGAAGGUU